CGUGCGCCAGCGUGUCCCGGACGGCGGGGCCUGCUAUUCUACUCAGCUUUCCCUGGCCCCUCGGCUGCCCUUAGCCCCCCUCGGCCCUUCUCACCUCCCUCAGUCUCUCUGGGCUCUUCUCAGACCUCCACUCACGCCGGUGUUCUUCCCGCAGUCCUCCUCGUCAGCCCUGAACCCUCUCAGCUCCCCUGAUAUUCCCUCAGCGCCCCGCAUCUCCCUUGGUCACCGCUCAGCCCCUCACAGCCCCCUCGGCCCCCGCGGAGAUGGAAGACGAACCCGAGCGGACCAAGCGCUGGGAAGGAGGCUACGAAAGAACAUGGGAAAUUCUCAAGGAAGACGAAUCCGGGUCGUUGAAAGCAACCAUCGAGGACAUUCUCUUCAAGGCAAAGAGGAAAAGACUCUAUGAACACCAUGGACAAGUUCGGCUUGGAAUGAUGCGUCACCUUUACGUGGUUAUUGAUGGAUCAAGAACAAUGGAGGACCAAGACUUAAAACCGAACAGACUUACUUGCACUCUGAAGUUACUGGAAUAUUUUGUUGAAGAGUACUUUGACCAGAAUCCUAUUAGUCAGAUUGGCUUAAUUGUAACCAAGAGUAAAAGAGCAGAAAAAAUGACAGAACUCUCAGGAAACUCAAAAAAGCAUAUAACUGCUCUGAAGAAAGCAGUGGAUAUGAACUGUAGUGGAGAGCCUUCUCUAUAUAAUUCCCUAAAUUUGGCCAUGCAGACUUUAAAGCACAUGCCAGGACAUACAAGCAGAGAGGUUUUGGUAGUCCUCAGCAGUCUGACGACAUGUGAUCCAGCCAACAUCUAUGAUCUAAUUAAGUGUUUAAAAGCAGUAAAGAUCAGAGUGUCUGUCAUCGGCCUAAGUGCUGAAGUUCGAGUUUGUACAGUACUUGCCCGAGAAACUGGUGGAACAUACCACGUUAUUUUAGAUGAAAGUCAUUAUAAGGAACUGUUGAUGCACCAUGUUAGUCCUCCACCUGCCAGUUCAACUUCUGAGUGCUCCCUCAUUCGAAUGGGUUUUCCUCAGCAUACUGUCGCUUCUCUAUCUGAUCAAGAUGCAAAGCCCUCCUUUAGCAUGGCGCAAUUGGAGAAUAACAGUGACCCAGGUCUUACACUGGGUGGGUAUUUUUGUCCUCAGUGCAGAGCCAAAUACUGUGAGCUUCCUGUGGAAUGCAAAAUCUGUGGUCUUACAUUAGUGUCUGCACCUCACCUGGCUCGGUCUUACCAUCACUUGUUUCCUUUAGAUGUCUUUCAGGAAGUUCCACUGGAAGAAUACAAGGGGGAACGGCAUUGUCAAGGCUGCCAGGGAGAAAUAAAAGAUCAGAAUGUGUACAUAUGCAAAGUAUGUCAGAAUGCAUUCUGUGUGGAAUGUGAUUUGUUUGUUCAUGAUUCGCUGCACUGCUGUCCUGGCUGUAUUCACGAGCACCCUGCCCCUGUAUCUGUAUAAUCUCAUGUAUUUUAUUAAAAUUGCUGUAUCUUUGUCAAUCUUGCAUGAAUCUAAUUUGUUUAUUCAGCCAUCGCUUUAACUGACAUAUCUCUGAACAAGAAGAUGAUUACAGAGGGAUGAACAGUGGAGUAGGUGCAAACUUUAAUGUUUUAAUGGUUUUAUUACUGUUAAUAUAUACUUGAAUUAUCUGUAUCUAUUUUUUAUUCUUGUCUAAAGAGCUGUUGCUUUUUCCAGCUAUUAUUAUAAUGAUGUGUAUAUUUGUAAAUGUGAAAGUUAUUAAACUGUUUUUUAUGUUAA